AUGGGUGUUGUAACAUAUGAAGGACAGGUUGCUUGUUCAAUCCCACCAGCCAAGAUGUUCAAGGUAUUUAUCCUUGACUCUGAAACCCUCCUCCCGAAGGUCUUGCCUCAGGCCAUUAAGAGCAUUGUCCAUCUUGAAGGAAAUGGAGGUCCUGGUACUCUCAGACAAAUCAAUUUUAGCAAAGGUAGCCCAUUGACUUAUGUGAAGGAGACUGUUGAUGCGAUAGAUAAAGAAAAUUUCAUAUUUGAAUAUUCAGUAGUUGAAGGCGAUCCUGCUCUCAUGAACAACGCAAUUGAGAAAAUCGCUUAUCAGAUUAAGUUUGAACCCUCUCCUGAUGGAGGAUCCAUUUGCAGGCGUAGCAGCAAGAGCUAUACUGUCGAUGGGAUUGAGGUUAAUGAAGAGGAAAUUAAGGCUGGCCAAGCAACGGCUAUGGAACUCUUUGCCGGAAUAUUCAAGACUUUUGAAGCUUAUGCCUUGGCUAAUUCUGAUGCCUGA